AUGUUCAACUUCCAAUAUCUGAAGGUGGCACUAUGCACCCUCUUCAUCUCGUCGUCACUCAGCAAAGCCUGGGACAGCCCUGCUGAUUGCUCGGAUCUUGUCAUCCCCUUGCGCGUCUCUUCCUGGAACCGUCAAGUGGAAGACUCGGUCCUCACCAAUGGCAGCUCGGUGAUCGCCCUGGUGUCCGAGCUGGCGCUGACAUCCAACAGCUCGACCUGGGCCUACGAGUCCACUGCACUGAAUAUCAGCGCCCGCUACUGUGAGCCAAUAGGCCCCUCCCCACGUCGAGACGCAAUUCAACUGCUCGUUCACGGCAUCACGUACACCAAAGACUACUGGUUUGCCCUGGGAAUGCCGGGCGUCCAGUCGCGGCUCUACUCCUGGGUGGACUUUGCUACCCGAAGAGGGUACGCCACGCUGUCGAUCGAUCGUGCUGGUGACGGCGCUUCCUCUCGCCCCAAUCCAUUCCAUACCGACCAAAUUCCUCUGCACGCGGCGGUGGCCAACCAGAUCGCCGCGCAGCUAAAGCGGGGACAGAUUAUCCACGGACGGUCGUUUGAAAAGGUCAUUUAUGUCGGCCAUUCUCUCGGAUCUAUGAUUGGCGUCGAGCUGGCCGCCACGUACCCCGAUGCCGUCGAUGCCCUUAUGCUGACGGGGUACGCCGCCGAGUCGGACACCCCGCUCAUCUUGGAAACCGGGCUCCUGCCGGCAAAGGAGGCACUUCCGGCCAGAUUCGGCAGCCUGGAUGACGGAUAUCUGGUAACGUCGUCCCUUCCUGGCAGACAAAAGGCGUUUUACGGCCGCAAUAGCACCUUCGACCCCCGGGUGUCUGCGCUCGACUUUGACAUCCAACAGACGGUUUCUGUAGGGGAAAUGGCUACGGCCAGCCUGGCAAAGGUUGCGACCAACUAUUCCGGACCCGUGACGGUGAUUACGGGCGACCAAGACGCGACUUUUUGUUUUGUCAAUGAGACCUCGGAUGGCUCAGGGCCGGGCGGCGAAUGUGGGCAGGGGAAGACCUCGGGCCCAGCCCGCGUGUCGUCUCUGUUUCCCGCCGCCACCAGCUUUUCGGUCACCGUGCUCGACAAUAUCGGACACUGCAUUAAUCUUCAUUACGAGGCGAUUGUAGCGUACGCGGUGGCGCAUGACUGGAUGGACGAGCAUGUGUGUUAG